AUGUGCUGACUUGAGGUGACUAGGGCUCUGUCCUACAGGAAUUAGUAAGACCAAGGGAAACCAUUUUGGGGAGUGACUCGUGAGUUUGGCAUAUCCUGUAUACGUGGUCGGUAGCAAUCGCUCUUGUGCAACAGUCAACGCUGCCAGGAUAUUCAUGGAUAUAUAAAUCUGGCUUCUGGUUUGGCCGAUAUUCAGUGCAAUAUUUGGAAUCAGUUGAGGCUUUAUAAAGCGGAUUAAAACAAGGGAUUUACCAGUGUAGUACCGAUUCUUGCGGAGAGCUGUAGUUGGAACAAGGUUUCUUUUCUAGGUUGUUUUUUGUGUUUUGUUGGAUAUCUUUGAAACAUGGAACACGUACAGAAGCUGAAGGAAGAACUGAACAAACAGCCAGUCCACAUCAGGAUUGCUGUGCAAGGUGUUGUUGCUCUGGUAGGCAUCUGGCUUGUGGUUGGGUAUGCAGCAUCUUUUCUCACCAGCUUCUUGGGUUUCCUUUAUCCAGCAUAUUGCAGUGUGAAGGCCAUUGAGAGUACGCAGAAAGACGACGAUACACAAUGGUUGACCUACUGGGUGGUAUACAGUGCAUUCAGCCUGGUCGAAUUCUUCUCAGACAUCUUCCUCUCGUGGUUCCCCUUCUACUAUCUGGCAAAGAUGGCCUUCCUUGGAUGGUGUAUGGCUCCAAUCUCAAGCAACGGCUCUCAGUUCCUGUACCACCGCUUCAUCAAACCUUUCAUCCUGAAGCACCAGGCUGAGAUCGAGGAUUCGCUUGACAAGGUUACAGAUAUCGCCAGCUCCACGUUGAGUGAAGCAUUCAAGGGUUUGAGCGAAGCUCAGAAGAUGGCUCAGGAUGCUGCUGCUGAGGCUGCAGCCGAGCAGGUCAAGAAGGCUAUGGAGCAGCAGAACGCCGACAAGACCGAUUAAACACCCUCCUACGCCAGCACCCUACACAAGUGUCAUUUUAGUACACAAGCCAGUUAGCCUGAACACCACACUAUUGCACCAAGCCAUCUCAUGUACAUGCCGUGACUGAAUAUCUCCAUAAACUGCUUUUUAAUAACACUCGACAUAAGUCAUUAAGUAGUACACCAAAAUGGCCUUACAUGUACACCAUACUUUAGCACCCAAAAACAUAUUUUAGCACCCAACACUACAUGCGUACAUGUGUAACACACUGUACAAUAAAAAAAGAGAGAGCUAGAUAUUAUGAAUGUAGAUCUAUAGCAUUUUUCAUUCAGUGUAUGAGGAAACCAGCAAAGUUAAACACUCUUUGUCUCAGUGCAUAAAUUCUAAGUCAUGACUAUGUACUACAAAGGCAGAUGUUUCAGUGCUUAAUAUAGCAGUAUGUAAUUAGUCAGAUAUUGUAUAUAGCACGUUCUAUCACUGUAUAUUUUCAUGGUCUUCGUAAUUGAGUGCAAAUGUGUUAUUGAUUUUUGCGACCCUGUGCAGCGACCAAAUUAUUGACCGAGAUAUAAACAGUAAAAAAGCACCAGCCACACCUAAACUUAUUCUGAUAGAUUUGUUUUGUUAAAACUUCAGCGUAUAAUGGGUGAUUUCAUAUGUUCAGUGUCAAAGCUGGUGUUUGGACACUUAACACCAAACUUGAAAUGAGGUUGGUGUUAUAGAUUGACAUGUGGUGUUAAGCUAGUAAUAAUGUGAUUGGUAUCAUAUUUGUAAACCCAUAUUCAGUGUUUAAGCUAGGUAACGCUCUCUGACCACAGCACUUAACACCUAACUCCGACACUGCACUUUGAAAUCACCCGGUGCACAGACAGAAAAGCACGCAUUUAACAUAAAAGAAGAAUCCAAGUACACCUUGACACACUAAGUGUUUUCUUGGUUAUUACACCAAUGGUUGAUACACGCAGAGUGCAAUCGUCAUAUUAGCUGGUAUGUGAAAUGGUUUUUUCCGAGUUCUGUGAUCCUUAGCAAGUUCUUGAUGUAUUCAAUAUGCAGUGGUUGACAGAUGUCUGUUGCAAACAUCAUUUUGCAGUGAGCCCGGUCGGUCGUAUUAUCGAUAUCAAUGCAUGAUCUGUUUUGUCUAGGUGUGAGUGUGUGUGCUAUGAGUAGAUUUGGGAUUCAAGCCUUGCUUGGUGUGAGUUAAUUUAUACGGCAUAAACAUUUCAUGAAUGGAUCGUGCAAGGAAACGGAUAUUCUUCCUUAUAUAAAACCAUGUUAAAAAUACACUUCCUUGUAACAAUUAAGUUUCAACAAUUCCACUUCUGAAUCAUAAGUAACUCCACACUUGAUACGUAUUGAGUGAUUACGUUAUCUCAUAUGGAUCAAUUUUCAUUCAUUGUUAGAUAAUUUGCCAGAUAUAGAUUUCGAAGAUCUUACAGUCAAGACAAUUAUCAUGCAUAAUGUAAAUGUAUGUAAAUAAUUUUUGAAUACUUCAAAAGUAGAUUGUGAAUGAGGAAGAAAAACUCUAAAAACAUACAAAAAAAAAGAUGUAUACUACGAAGACACGGCACUUAGUGCAUAUGCAUAAUGAUUUAGUUGCAUUGUAUUUCCUUUUCCUUUGUAAAUUAAUAUCUUGAAGAUGAUUUCUCUUUUUUUUCUUCAGAUCUUUUUAUAAAAAGAAUCUUAUUUCUCUUUCUAGCUCAUUACUUGUCUCGUUCAGUGUUUUCUAUUAAUUGACUGAUUUAUAUUGAUGUACAAAUUCUGUCACAUGGUUUGUUAUUGGCAACUUGCAGUUUAGUGUGGUAUAUAUUAAGCUAUAUGAUAAAUUGUAGCGAUAAUGUGAUACAUUUGUGUAUAAUAUCAUGCUUUGUAUACUGGGACAAAAUGCCAAGGAUGAUAACGACACAUAGACCCGAUCCGAUUAUUAUAAUAUUUUGCAUGUAGUUUAGGACUUACAAAGACUGUAUAUUUGUAGACAUUCCAGUAUCAGAGUACCGUAGCUUGAUCCUUGCUUCAUUUGAACCAGAGGGGCAUUAGUCCAAUGCAAUACACGUAGUACAGACUAAUGCCCUUCUAGCUCUUACCAGGCAAUAUCGCUAAAUAACAAGUAAUAGCAUCCUAUCACUUUGUUACAUUAGAAUUAGAGUUAUGCACAACAAACUAAAAGGGGGGAUGGGAUAUGACGGAUUAAAUAUCAGAAAUAAUGUCACUGCAAGAUUUACAUAGUUAGCAUUAGACGCGUGUAGGUAUUCUUGAUAUAUUUGUAUAGUUUGUGUUGAUCUUCAUGUAUUCUUACAGAAUAAUCAUUUGCAAAAUUAUUCUGUAUGUUUACAAGUUCUUGAGGGUGUGUCGAAGCAGAUAGAGGUUUCAGUCGUUGGUAAGCAUUAUUCAAUUAUAGGUACAUGGAUGGAAAUUGUGAACAGAAUCAUGUAUCCGAACAGGCGUUAGAAGAAGGUUCAAAGCGUAAUUAUCCUGAUUAAUCCACUUUAACUUAUUUCAUUCAAAUUGGAUCAAAAGUAUUCUCGUAAUUUUGAGAAUUUCUUGUUGUAUUUUAAGUUUGAUUAUUGGUUAGAUAACUAUUUUAUGGCAUCGGCAAGAAAUAAAAAUCGACCUUGUAGGAAUUUCUCUAACAGGUGUGAAUAUGACAAUGUUUGUUUCUUUAUCUUCUCAUGAUCGUUACUGUAGGAAAUUAAUUGAAAUUUGGAGGAAAAAACUAUAUAAAAAAAAUUGGUAUGGAGUAAUUAAAAGUAUUUGGUGGAAAAU